AUGAGAUUCUUUUCACUGUCCUGUAGAACAUUAAUUCCCACAUAUAAAGUGGCAGUUGUAGGAUCCGGACCGUCGGCUUUCUACACAGCUUAUCAUGUAUUGUCUAAGAAACCCGAAACGUUCAAUGUUACAGUGGAUUUCUUCGAAAAACUACCCACUCCUUUUGGAUUAAGUAGAUAUGGUGUAGCACCAGAUCAUCCCGAAGUUAAGAACUGUGAAGAUUACCUAAGAACCAUGAUGAAAGAUUCACCGGUAAGAUUUUUUGGUAAUGUAACUGUAGGUAAGGAUAUAACGUUGGGCGAAUUGGAACAAAGUUAUCAUUCCAUUUGUUUAGCAUAUGGUGUAGAUAAUGAUAAUUCCUUAGACAUCCCAGGUUCGGAUAGUCCACAGGUUAUCCCUGCAAGGCAGUUUGUCAAUUGGUAUAACGGUUAUCCUACAGACUUUAAGCCCCCCAAUUUAGAGGGUAUCGAAGACGUUACUAUAAUUGGGAACGGUAAUGUAGCUUUAGAUGUUGCUAGAGUUUUGUUGGCACCCAUAGAUCACUGGAAGCCCACUGAUAUAAGUGAAGAUGCUUUGGAAGUUCUCAGAGGGUCCACAGUCAAAAAUGUCAAUAUUGUAGCCAGAAGAGGAUUAUUAGAAUCAGCAUUCACCACCAAGGAAAUCAGAGAAUUACUUGAUUUAAGUAAGAAAGGGAUUAAGUUUAUUCCUAUUGAGGAGUCAUUAUGGGAAGAUUUUGUUCCUUCUAUCAAUAAACUCGAUAGACCGAAUAAAAGAAAAUUCACUACCAUUCAGAAACAUUUAAAUCAACAAAUCGAACAUCCUCAAAAGACUUGGAGCUUACAAUAUAUGAAAUCUCCUAAAGAGUUCGUCACCGAGAACGGUAAACUUGCCAAAACCAUCUUCACGAAAAAUGAGUUGGUAGAAGGCAAAGUCGUGGCCCAAGAUGAACAAAUUGAGGUCAAGAAUGAACUUGUGAUUUUAUCUAUUGGUUACAGAGGAUCUUCCAUUGCUGGGAUGGAGAGAUAUUUCUUGGAUAGAGAAAGCAGACUUCAAAAUAAAGGAGGAAGAGUCAAACCCGGUUAUUACACCUCAGGAUGGAUUAAAAAUGGACCUAAAGGGAUCAUUGCUAGUACAAUGAUGGAUUCCUUCGACACUGGGUUCAAUAUGCUUGAGGAUUUAAACAACGGGGAGUAUCUUCAGGGUGAAAAAGCUGACAUUACGGAAAAAUUGCCCAAUGCGGUAACUUGGGAUCAAUGGUUGAAACUUGAUGAUUUUGAACUCAAACAAGGGGAGGCCAAGGGUAAAUCAAGAGAUAAAGUCAAUAAUAUAGAGAAGAUGUUGGAAAUUGUAAAUAGUUAA